AAUGAAAUAUUUGCAUAUCAAAGCGUCAUCACGCAUGCGCAUUCAUUGAUCAUCAGAAGUCGUGUUGACCAAAGAGGAAACAGACGUCUGUUCAGAAAAUUUUACAUCUUUACUGAAGUAACUGAGUAAAAGACGAAAUACAGUGCGGAAUCUGGUAGUUUAAUAAACUUGAAAGGAGAAAAUAUAAACACAGGGAAAAUGUUCAGUUUCCAUAAACCGAAGAUAUACAGGAGUAACAAUGGAUGUUGUAUAUGUCGUGCUAAAUCUUCUAGUUCACGAUUUACAGACAGUUCCAAAUACGAGGACGAGUUUCAGAAAUGUUUUCGGAUACAAGAAAGGCGUUGUGGGGAAAUAUGUAACGCCUGUGUCCUGUUAGUGAAACGAUGGAAAAAGUUACCAGAUGGAACUAACAGACAUUGGAAUCAUGUGGUGGACGCAAGAGCCGGUCCAGGUACAAAGUCAACACACAAGAUCAAGAAACAACUGAGUCCCACUAUGCAGAAGUAUAAAUCCCCACUGAAAGCCAAACAACGCUCAUCAACACCAUCUCAACAACAACAACAACAACUUCACCAGCAGACCUUCUCCUCCAUUCCAAGUCCACUUCCAGAGGAAUUAUCAGGGUAUGAAGAUAGUUUAGAUAAGUCAGAUCUGUUCAGUCAGUCGAUGACAGACAGUGAGGAGUCAGACACAGAGACAAGCCAGACUCUGCCACAUAUCAGCCAUAAAACCCCGCAGAAAUUAUUAGAACACCAAAUAAGUCCAUUCCUCGAUCUCACAUAUUGGAAAAUGACCCAAGUUUGUUGUGGUACUAUAUUCAAGGGAAUGAAUGGAGAAGUUCUUGUUGAUCCAACACUUCUGAAACCAUGCUGGUCCUGUAACAAAAACAAGUCCUCCCGUACAAAUAAGAAUAAGGAACUCAAACGCAGUACUUCUUUAGAAGAUACGGAUAGUAAUUUAAGCGCGCCAAGUUUCAAUGUGGCUGACUUUUAUGAGGCGAACACUCCCGAACCAGAGACGCCUCCUGAAAGUCCACCAAACAGUCCAAAAGACUCUUUAUCAGAAACCGACGGCCUCACCACACUAGCAAAUUGUACCUCGAAAAUGAACUUUGUGUCAAACCACUCUAUACCAAUGGAAUGUUAAAUUGUGAAGCUAUACUUGAAAAGUAUUUGAACUGGCCUCAACUCAUUAUUAAUUGUUUUUCAAUUUUACUAAUUUUGUGAGUAAAAAAUGCGGAUUUUUUUUUUGGUGAAUUUUUUUCUUAAGGUUCUUUGACAUAUUAAAUGGCAUAUUUGGAUAAAAAGGAAUACUAAUUAAGAGAUGAGGUCCAGGUCAAAGGUCAUCCCAGUGUUUCUAUCAAAUGAUAUCAGGGAUUCAUGUACAUUAAGGAUGUCUACAUUAUACUUGCCAGUAAAAUUACUGAAAUACUUUUCAGUGAUUUAAAUGUUGUGAUAAUAUAGAACCUGUUCAAAGAAACAUUGGAAAUUAAGUGAUAAAAUCUGAUGUGAACAUUUUAGCUUUUCCCCCAAAAAAUAUAUUUCUGAUUGAAUGACAUUGAUCUCAGGAAUUGCAAAAUAGAUGAUAAAACUUUUAUUUUAUUCUGUGUCCCAAUAAUUAAUUGUGAACAGGAUCUGCAUUGUGAUGCUUAGGAUAGGAGAGGAGAAACUGUGUUGAUGUGACAAUACAAUGGCUGUUUUCAGUGCAUUUUCCCCCCCUUCAUGGCAAAUUAGACAUUUUUAGCACCUGAGGAUUGAAUAAUUUCUGUCGUUUUUAACCUCAUUUUGGUUUGUGUCUAUUUAUUAAUGUGCAGAAGAUACAUGUUGCCAUGGAGAUUGGAAUAAAAGGUCAGAACUGAUGAUGCGAAUUUUCAUUGGUUGAUAUAGAAUGUCUUUGACGACCUUUUGUCUGGUUGAUAUAAUGAUAUUGAGUGGUCUUCAUAUUUAUGCCAAGCAUCCAUGAACAAAUGUUUCAAGGUGUAUUUUCAUGUCAUACGCAUGCAAGAAAGGACUGACGUCAUUAAAGAAGAGGAUGAGUGGGAUAGUAUCGGUCAGGAUGACCUUGAAGUGUCAAGGCAUUAAACGACCUUGAACUUCAUAUAUACAAGUUUCUAGAUCUAGUCAAUAUUUAUUCACAUUUUUUUUUUUAUACUUUUAUAAUAAAAAUCCAUGACUGCCAAUGCUCUGUGUGUCAAAACAGGUCUAUUUUAUUGUUCAUGUCAUGUCAGUAUUGUAAACCAGGUCAGUUUGUGUUAAAAUGUCUCCAAGAAUAUUUUUUUUUUGUCCUUCAAUUCAUUUCAUUAUUAAUAAAUGUUAGGCUAGUUUCCGGGUAAAAGGGACUGGAUGAAGGUAUUAAAAUGCAACUCUUUAAUUUGCAUCUCUUAAUUCUAAAGCUCAAACAUAAGCUCAUUUUUACUUGCAUGUCAUUUAUAUAGCUCCUUGGAGUAGUUUCAUGUACAUCUGAUAGUUUUUUUAAACUUUUUUUUUUCAUAUUAAAACUACUGUGAAAAUCAUUUCAUCUUAGGAAAACAAUACUGUUUUAAUACUGUUUUCAAUACAUGUUAUUGACUAUGCAAGAAGUUAAAUUUUUAAUUUCAAUUCUAACUCCUUAUUUCAGCAUAAAAGGCAAAAUAAGUGCAAAUGUUCCUUCGUAAAUUGAUCUCAAGUGUAAACUUCUUCUGUCUGUCUGAUAAUAUACUCCCAUGACCUUUUGAUUGAUUUUUUUCUUUUUUUGUAUUUCUGGUGCCAAGUUAGAAAUACCAUUAUUUUUAAUGAGAUUUUUUAGGAAGAAUCUUCACUGUCCGUGAAAAGUUUUAAGUCAAUGUCUUUGUAUUGCAUAGCUAGAAAAAAGGGAGAAGAAAUAGUUUUUGCAUGUAAUUUUGAAGAGUUUUGGUUCUUUUAUGUUUGCAUGUUAUAAAUAUUCAUACAAUCAGGAGUAUUGGUUAUAUUUUUUUAUUAUUAAAGGAUAAGAUAAGUAAAAGCAGUUUAAGGAAAAAGAUUUUCUGUAUUAAAAUAUUCAAGAUGUUUGACAUGUCAUGUUUGUUAAACCUUUAUUUAGCCAUGGUCAAAAGUAAAAGGAAAAAGUAAACCAGUCAUCAAAACAAAGCAUAAAAUUGGUGGAUACCAUUCACUGAUGAUGAAUGGACCAAUGGUAGAGCGACAUUUUAUGACUGGUUAUCAGUUUCUGGUAUAUUUUUAUUGCGGACCAUAUGGCAUGUUAUUUGUAGAAGUCAUGGUGUUAAAAGAAACUUGUAUAUGGUUAUCAAAGAGAAGAGAGUAUUAAAUGGAAAGUUGUAUAUAAUGUAAAUAUCUAUUUAUUUAUUUAAAAUUUAUUUAUUGAGACACGUUUAUCUGAGUAUUCUUCAAUUUUCUGUAUUAUAUAUUCCUUUGGAUGAGUUUGCCAGUGGCAAGCUCUUCGAAGCAUCAACAUGAUCAAAAACUGUUAUGACACCAAUUUUUGAGAAAAGAAUCUGGGACAUAUGUCCAUGACAAAUUAAUACGAUAAACAAACUUUUAACUUUUUCCUCGACUGUAUUGUGAUAUUUGUUUAAGUUAUGGAAGAGAUGUUUUUGUUUUAACCUUCCAUAGAGAAAUAUUGACAGUUUAAUUUUUAAAUUAUAAUAAAAAAAAUAUUUGUGUUUUGAAUAAUUGUAAAUUUUACAUCUAAAUUGAAAGACCUUAUACAACCUAAAUAGAUCAAAUGUUACAAAGUUACGAUUACUUUUUUUAAGAUCAUUUAUGUAAACUGAAGUAAUAUGGAAAUACAUGUUUGUUGAUGUUUUUGUGAAUUUUAUAUUUUAAACAAACGGUGUAAAUUUUGUCAUUCCACCCCUUACCCUGCUGGUGGCAAGUGAUUUUACCCCAGCGACCACCCCAGAUCAAGAUCAGUCCACAUGUUUGUGCCGUCAAAUCAUGGUCAACAGUGAUUGCUAUUCAGUCAAAACAUACUUUGAUAUUCUUACCUCAAAAUAUUAAACAGAUUUGUCCAGAUUGAAAGUUGGACGUGUCCAUUUAAGAUAUUUAGUGGGGUAGAGGCUUAAUGGCAAAAAUGUAUUUGUUUCCUUUGUAGAUAAUCAUAAAACUAUCAACAAAAGAAAAACAAUAUUGUCAUUAACUUUUUGAAUCAUUUAGUGUUAAGAAGAGAUAACAUAUUUGAUAAUAGGGAUAAUUUGUUGAUACAUGUCUUAUAGUUGGCUCUAAAAAUGACUUCAUUGUGAAGAAAUGUAUAAAAGAAACAACAGUUGACAUUGAAUAUUUUUAUAACCUGCAGUUAUUCGUUAGAUAUUCAAAAAUGAAACAAACAUGUAAAUUCAGCUUACUGUAUUUAUGAAAAUUAUUUUUAAGCCUUGGGCAGUGUGUAUAGAUUUAGUUGUAUAUAGAUCCGACAAUAUCUAGAUGAUUUAUAUCAAUGAAAUAUUUUUAUUUUGAGUUGGAAUUAAGUUGCAAUUAGCCGAGUUAAUGGUAUAUUUUGUAAAUAUUGAGCUAUUUCUGUUUUAACAUAUAUUAAAUGAAAAGAUUAGCAUGUGUGUAAAUAAAAAUGAUUUCAUCAAAAGGAUAGUUCUUACUUUAGAUGUCGCAUUAUUAACAUUGAAACAUCUGGUUAUGUAUUUGACUGGUUGCAGGAGAAUAAUUGUAUAUUCUGUACUACCAUUACAUAGCCAGACAUUCAUGAUUCUGACCAGGCACUUUUCUAUUACUGCUGAAUUACAGAACUCUAGACCUAUCACACCUUAAAAUAACAAUGGACAGUGCGAAACUGAAAGCUUGACAAGUCCAUUUAUACUUAUAACAGUCAAAGUUAAAAAUAUUUUAAUAAUGGUCUAUACGAAUGUAUAUUUUUGUUUAAAAUCUGCGCCUUUUAGCCCAAUUUGACUUUGAUUAUAUUUGAUUAUCUUUCUCGUAGAAAUGUUUGAUUGAUAGCUGAUGUUUUCAAGAACCAAACGUUAAAAUUAUGAUGUUACUUUUAAAAAAAAAAAAUGGGUUUUAAUGAAAAAUUUACAACUAUAUUUUUCUAGCAAAUGAUUAACAAUUCUCCCAAAAGAUCCUGUUAAAGACUGUCCAAUAUUUAUUUAUAUCUAAUCAAUAUUUAUAAUGUCCUGUAAGGUUUUGUAUGAAGUUGAGCAAAUUUUGAGUUAAGUAAUUACUGUACAUAUGUCUUGAAGAAUUCUUUUAAAUAAUUAUGUAUAUAUUCUGACUGAGUAGGACAUGUUUUUGUUGUGUAGAUAUAUUUAACAACACGUUUUCCUUGUUUCCCAAGACUAGGUCUCGAACUAUGAGAUAAAGCCUAUUAUAAUAUCCAAUAUGAAAUGGAUUUAGAUCUUUUGUUUUGAUAUAAGUGUACGAUCUUAAGUGAAAAAAAGCUCAAAAAAAUGAUUUCUUCUUGUAAGUCUUUAAAUAUUAAGCAAAAAAAAAAAAAAAAAGAUGAAAACAGUUUGGAAAACCUAAUUUUCAUAAUAUCUUAAAGUAAUAAAAAAAAAUGAUGAAUUCAUAUGAAUAGUUUAAAAUGAUUUGAAAAAUUCAACUAGUCUUGUGGCAUGUCUGUUACUGCACCAAAAUGUUUUUUUAAGUUCAAUGUGUCCCAGGUUUUAGAUAAUUUAGAAGUGAAAUAUUUAUUUAUUAGCUACCCGGUGUUAGAAUGGUUAGUGUGUGUGGGUUUGAAGGAUUCAACAUGACACUGUUGUAAUGUAACCUAACUGUUGCCAUGUUAAAGGCAAUAAUCCCUUGGCAACCAGUAUAGAGCCAGUCCAGCCUGUAAUUCCAUAGAGUCUGACCAGGCUUUAUACUAGUACCUUCCAAUGUUAUUAAAAUCGUAUUCUGUCAUCUGAACCCUUCGAUAGCUUCAUAGGGCGAAAAGGAUGAUCUGAUUUUAAUGAGAUUGAGUGCCUUCUUAACUUUGAUAUGAGAAAAUCUUGUUCAAUUUCACUUUCAAAGCAUGACAACUGCUUUAGAUAAAAUAAGAAAAAUAGACAUUAAUGACCAAGUUACAACAGUGUCAUGAUGAAUUCUCAGUUUAUAUUCUGUACAAUUACUGAAUGAAAUGCCUGAAUAUAGUGAAUUAGAUUGUAAAAUGUACAAAUAUGGACGGGUACCAUAAAUGAGGAAAUAUAUACAUUAGAGGGAGGUACUGUAGUAACUGUUGUUCAGAAUCCAGUACCUGUUAUAAAUGUGUUGUUGUUGUUGUUUUUAUUAAUAGAGGAAUUUUGAUGUGUAGAAGUUCUGUAGAGAUGGUCAAGUAAAGUAGAAUCCAGGACAAAUGGGAGAACGAGUAUAAACUUGAAGUAAAUAUGGUCAGUGAUAAUCCUUAACUAUGAUUGGCUAUGUGUUAUCAUGCUGUUAAAACAGUGUAUAGAAAUAUAAUCCAGGUAAAUGAAUAGAAAAUAAAUAUUUCUCAAGGUGCUUACUAAUCAUGUCUUAAAAGUUUUGUUAAAAUGUUUAUCGGUAGAACUUGUGCAAUGUUUUAAGUGCUUUCCUAAAAGAAAAAGAAAAUUCAUUUUUUUGUUGGAAUUUUAUGUUUUCUGUAUUUUGUAGUCGGAGGAAUUGAAUCAUGGAAAUGCUAGAAUAAGGAAGGUUUAACAGUCUUUAUGCUAGCAUAUUUAUCAUAAGAGAUUCUUUGAACUAGAAACUAAGUCUUAGGUCAACUAAAAUUGUAUGUUUCUUUCUCUCAUAUUGAAAUGUUUUGUAAGGCACUAACUCAAGCUAAUUAAAAACCUAAUUCUGAAUUGAUGUUUUCUAUGAUGUAUAAUUAUAUAACAUCAGUUUUUCCUCUGGAAGUUCAUCUUAAACUGUUAAUAUAUCCUUAAAUAACUAUUUGAUGUACACUCUACCAAUGUACAAACAAUGAAUUUGUUAACAAAACCUAAUUUAAAAAAAAAAAAUGUCAUGAUUAAAAUAUUUCAAACUUCAGAACCAGUCAGUUAGUGUUCUUGUUUCUAUAAUAUUUGUCUGAAUUUUUACCAUAUUAUGAUUUAUAUACUCAAUAUUAUGUGUUGUCCUUAUUGUACUUGGCAUAGUUUUUUGAGUUGGAACCUGGCUUUCCAUGUUUCAUACAUGUCAGUUUGGCUGGUUUCCACUUUAACUGGUUUCCACUAUCUCCUUGGUAUAGUGUGUUGAUUAUUGGUUUAGAUCUGAGUUCUGAAAUUAGACUGUGUACUUGUUUUGUUUUUUAUGUGAAGUAGAUUAAAAGAUGUUGUGCAAACCAGUUGGUUUUAAAGUUUGGAGAAAUGUUGUGGCGUGACACUGUCAGCAUUGUUAGAAGUAUUAAUUCAUCGGUCUAUAGAAACUGUUGGUGCUUACAGGAUGUUGUUUAAAACCCAUUUAAAAGAGCCCUAGGUAUUCAAAUAUGUCAUGCUGUGUGAUUGGUCAGGAAUUUGUGACAUCAUUCAUAAAAUUAUGACAUCGUCCAUUAUCAUGUCUAAAGCAUUUAAGAUACUUGUUCAUGUUAUGAAAGGAAAUUAUGUUGACAAACUUGUGUCUUUUUCAAAAGAUAUAUAAAUACAGAUAAUUUAUCCAUGAAAUGCUCAAACUUUCCAAUAUUGUCAUUGAUUAAAAUCUGAGUUUGGAAAUGAAGCUUUUUCAUUGGUCAAUUUUUAAAUUUUAAAUGACCAAUCAGAAUGUCUCUAAACUCAGUAAGGUUCUCUUUGUGUAUCAUUCCAAUGAAGAUAUAUUCAAAAAUGUCUCAGAAAUCAUUUUCUCUGACCAUUUGUUUGUGUUGGGAAAAAACACAAACAUUCAGUGCAUAUGAAUAAGGAGAUUGUAAUUUCAAAAUUAAUAAAGAGUACUUGUUAACUGUAAAAUAUUGUAUUUUAAAUAACAACAUACCGUUUUUAGAUGUAAAGCACUAAAAAAAUAUUUUGUUUGUCUUAUUUAUGUGUUAUGUGAUGAAAUAUAUAUCUUUGUGUAUAAAAUUAAUAAUUGUAAGUUAUAUUCUGGAAAUGUUGAACAUUUCUAGAAUAAAUCCCAUCUGAAAAUCUGUUAAUAUGUGUCUAUUUUUCUUUGGUAUGUUUCAUUAAAUGUUAAAAUUAUUUAAGAUAUUUAUGGGGAAAAAACAAACUUUUUUCCUGAUACUCCAGUAUACCUCAUGACAAAGGCUUAUUGUUAAAACUGUUAAUUACUUUCCCCUAUUCAAGGGUUAUUUUAAUCAAAGCAUGAUCAUAAUGUAAGACCAGUGUCGCUUUUUUGACGAUUUUUUACACAAUAAAUGAUUUCAGUGAAAAAUAAUGUGUAUUUCAGUAGAAGUUGUUUGUAACAAAUGAUUUCUGAAAGUAGUGAUAAAUACUUUUAUAACAAGUGGCUGAAAUUCAGUUCAUUAAAAUGAUAUUAAAUUUUGAUCAAAACAUUUGCGAUAAACUAUGUAACUUUUUGGUUUGUUUAUUGAAAAGUCUGUUAAUUUGAUGAAGAAUUUGGCUACAUUUUAUACCAGCUUUUAACCUAACAAAUUAAAAACGGAUAUUUUUUUGAUUAGAGAGAUUCAAUAAUUUAAUUUAUUUAAUUUAAAUUAAUGGGGAUUUUCUCUUCUAAAUCAUGGAGCAACACUUUCAUCACGCAACCACUUUAAAGUCUUUCUGAAGGACGGUAAUGUCCGGUCAGCCCCUGUUAUUAUUUUCUUUUAUACAACAAAUAAAACUUGAUAAAUUUCCAUGAGUUUUUAUGAUUAUGUAUAUUACGUUUUUAAUCAAUGUUUUUUACAGGCAGUGAUCUGAGAUUUUAUUAUAUAUUUGUUUGGUUCUGUAUGUACAAAAAGAAUACCAUUUAAUCAUUCUGAUUAAUAUUCAAUGCAUAAAAGUUUAUUUUUCUGUGUGAGAACAAAUAAGUUUGUAUCUCGUCUGCAUAUGUGUAAAUACUUUAUGUGUCAUGUGUAAUGUCAAAAAAAACCACUGCAUAUUGAAUUUGCUUUUACUUUUUAACAUGGUUUUUAACAUGCGUAGGCCUCCCAUGGAAGUGUUUAUAAAGGUAUUAUAAUUACUUUGGUACUUUAGACUUGAGGUGAAAAAAAUUGAAUAAUAAUAUGCUUGUAACUUGUAGAUGUUUACUGUGUGCUUUCAAGUUCACAAUAUACAAGUUGUUAUUGAAAUGUCCCAUCUUUUGUUUCUUUGAAAUUUUAACCUAGUAAAUCCUCUUUUUUUUUCAACAAAAAAAAGUUGAUAAUUUAAUAUUCAUAAAGAAAAAAAUUCUGUAAAUUUCUGUUAAUCAUACGCAACAAAUAUCCAAUUCCUUCUAUUUUCACUUCCAGAAUUUUGACAAUGUUUUAAUGUCAAGACAUGCCUGCAUGUUAUGUUGUGUAAAAGCAGACUGAAUAUGCAGAUAUAUGUUAUUUAUUAAAAUCAUAGUGUUUCACAUUUAUCAUUCUACAUUCUAUUUAUUAUUACUUUUGUACAUGUACUUGUAUUUCCUUGCAUUGUUCUGUGGGUAUAUAUAUAAUAAAGAUAGUGUAUUUGGUUCCAACAGACCAUGGUAAUAUAUGAAUAACGACUGUGGGGAUGGGUGGGUAUUUUUGAGGUCUUUAUGUCAUCAUUGUGAUCUUUGUUUUAUACUUGUGUCACUGACAGGUAUGUUCCAGACAAGUGUUAUUCUGAGGGUCCUGGUUUAGUCCCAGUCAGGCUGCAUAUUGUGAGGAAGUUGAAACUGUACUUGGAAAGGUGUAUGCUCAAACCUUCCAACAUUCUCCAGUCUAACUUGUGACUGUCAUGUAAAAAGUAAAUUGUCCAGAAAAAUGCAUGGAUUCAGUUGACUUUUCCACAGAAAAGAUAUUUUGUAUCCAAAAAUUAUGUGUGAAGGUGAAUAUUUGUGUGAAAUGAAGUUACAGCCAUUAAUCUGUUUUAAACCUCAGUAUAGCUGAAUGAGAUGUAUUUUAUAUACCCACAGAAUAAUUAGAGAUUUUAUGAAUGUAAAAAAACGACUGCUCUAUAUGUUUACGUUCUAUUUGUAAAGAUUAUUUGUUGUUCAUGUUUGUUUAUUUAUUUAUAAUUAUAAAUUAUCAGAUAGAUUAGAAUGGUUAUUAUAUUGAAUGCAUUGUUUGACUAUAUUACCAUGGUAACCAGUAGAUUCCAUUGAGCGACUGAAUAACUUUUCACUUCAUGAACAAAAAAAAAAUAAUUGGAAAAAAAAACAUAUAAUGUGGAUUACACAUUUAAAAAUAGAAAGUUCAUUACAGACACAUAGCAUGCAUGAUUUUAUUGUAAUUGGUUGCCAUGGAAACUGAGAUAAGUGGCUUUUAAGAGAUAUCAUUUUUUUGAGUCACAUUUGUAUAAAAAAAAAUCUUCAAUAAAGUUGGACAAUUGUAAAUAA